AUGAUGGACCUGCAGCACCAGUCCCACAUUUCAGCCUUCAGUCGCUUCUCCGAUAUGCUCAAAGACACGACUACAGGCCGGCGUAAGCCGAAUGCCUCGGGACAUUCUGUUCGCAACCCCUCCAUGACUGGCCUGCCCUCAGACCCCAUAGCAAUGUUCACGCGAUCUCGCGGCGAUUCCGAUCCUUCGCGAGAUAUCCGUAGGAGCAGCGUGGGCAACUACGCCGAUCGCAUGCGCCAACUCUUCCACCCAUCCUCACACCACACGCACCCCCACAAACGCGGCAUCAGCGACCUCCCCGCCGAAGUCCUGCAGCACAUAUUCUUCUACCUCGAGUUCUGGGAGCUCGUCCGAUGCCAGCGCGUCUCCAAGUCAUGGCGCGCUCUGGUCCCAGGCGACUCACCAUUGCUGGCAGAAAUGCUGUACCUCAAGCCCUCGCGCAGCCUGCAAAUCUACAACCUCGUCCCGACGACGUUUGAAUUCGAGGUUCAUGUCAUGCCACAAAGCGUCGAGUCAGGAGCCCAGCCGCUUGGCACUCGCAUUUCAAAAGGCGUCCGCAACGAGAUCUCCCUCUCGAGACGCUGUAUAGGUCUCAUCCGGACGAGUCAGGAAAUCGUGUUUCAUCCUCUGAUCAUGGAUUUCAACCACUGGAUUACGCGCGAGGGUGUUGCCGGCAAUACGCACGGGUCUUGGAGGGAUAUGCUGGUUUCAAUGCCCCCGUUGACGGAGCUGACACUGCGCGAUGGCGGCCAAAAGAGGGGUGCUGUCAAGGUGCUUAACGUCAAGGGUCAUGACGACGGGGUUAAGCUGGGUCAGCUGUUUGAUGUUGUACACGAUUGGAUGCAGAGGAGGAUAUGA